CUUCUCUGUGUUGAUGACUGUCUGUGGUUGUCAGAUCGAAACGGAUCGUUGUACUACAGAAAAGCUGAAUUGUAUAAAAUUAAUGAUUUUAUAUGGAUCUAGAGUAAUUAAACGCUUUGUACUUAUUAAUUUUAAUUAUGUUCUGGAGCGGUAAUUAUAUAGCGAAUAGGGAGUUAAAGCUUCUCCUGGAGGAGAAGAACGUAACGUUGACACAAGUUCUUGAAGCCGAUGAUAUUUUACAAGAAUGCAAGGCAGACAACCAGGCUCUGGGACAAUUUUUAACCAGACCAGAUAUUCUGGCAGAGCUUAUAACUCUGAUAACGGAAGAACCUCCGAAGGAUGUAAAGUUGUCACUACAGUAUCGUCAUGCCAACAUAGCAAGUGAGGUGCUGACAAGUAAUCUGUCACUGUUGAGGGCUCGACUCUCCUGUAAUGCGGUGCAGAUGAAUCGCCUCUGUGACUUUGUCAGUAGGGACCCACCCUUAAAUCCGCUGUUAGCUUCAUAUUUCAGUAAAACAAUAGAGAUGUUGUUUGAGAGGAGUCCAGUUAUGGAUUGGUAUCUACACCACAUAGUUUGUCUCAGAGUUCUAGACUUCUUUAAAUCCCGACGGGACUUCCUGCCCAACUUGUUGAAGCACAUUUCAACAUCAGCCAUAUGUGAUACAUUCAGGUGUUUCCUGCAGACAUUCAAGGACAUCAAGAUCAUAUUAGAGUGGCUGGACGAGUAUCAGUUCUUGGAGUGUCUAAUUCAAAUCAUCUGCGGCACCUAUGAUCCGGAGGAGCGGCAUCCACCUGUCCUGGACACGGAGGAAAAGGCCAGCAACGAAUCAAACGAGAAGUUAGACACCAAUCAUAACAGCGAACCAGAGAAAGACGGCCCAGUGGUCGAUAACAAAGGUGCCGAGACCAAUGGCGAGAGGGACGAGGUGGCCGGCGGCAGUGGCGGAACCGGGCCCGACCCGGACCUCGAGGGCCUCGCCGGAGACGGGCCCGGGAAGGAGGAGCGCGCGAGGAGGAUGCGGGCCGUGGCAGCAUCCAACGCCGCGGCCCUACUCUGCGAUAUCGCCCUGGACUGUGCCCUGGACCCCUGCAACAACUACUUCGGCAAGCGGUGGGGCGCGGGGCACGAGCUGGCGGGCCGGCUGCGGAGCGAGGAGACCGUCCGCCGCGUGCUGCAGGGCUGCUUCACGAGUCCCCCGGAGGCGCGGCGCUCCGCCAUCGUGCACACCUGCCGCCUGCUGCUGGCGCUGCUGCACCGGGACCCGCCCGCAGACGCCGCGCCGGUUGUGGAGGCCGUGCCCCCGGAGGCCGGGGACGGCGGGCCGGCGCCCGGGACCCGCACGGAGGCCGACCACGGCGAGGUCGAGCGGGCCAUCGCUCCUCACCUGCCGCUGCUGCAUCAUGCGCUGCUGAAGGACGCCCACGACGACCACGGAGAGACCACGGUCAAUAUACACACGACGCACCACUCACCACUCGGCUCGAGCAGUCCGUGCUGGAAGCCCGUUCUAAAUGUUUGUAGUUUUGACGAGUUAUCAUGUAACCCGCAGAAUCCGUCCGCCGAGGCGUCGAGCUCUGCCGAGGGGCGGGGCCGGGGGAGGGGCGCGGUGGGCGCGGCCCGCGUGCACGUGGCGGCGCUGGUCGCUCGCCUCGCACUCUCUCACGUGGACGACGUGCCGACCGCUCUCAUCUCGCUCGGAACGGCGGGGGUGUUGGUGGAGCUGUGCCUGUCGUGUCCGCACAACAACUUCCUCCACGCUCAGCUCGUGGCCUUCGUCAGGAACGCGAGAAGCAACCAGAGGUUCGCCGACAGAUACAACACGCACCUCAUCCAGGAGUGUGAUCUGCUGACCAGGCUCAUGGACGUGUUCGAGGAGAACGGACCGGGCAGGUCCGCCCCCCGCGCUGGCUACAUGGGUCACGUGGUGCUGGUGCUGCGCGAGCUGGUGUCCCCGCCCCCGGCGCUGCCUCCCGGUCCGCUGCAGCAGCGCUGGUCGUCCUUCACGCAGCACAAGCUGAUGCCGUUGCUGCAGCUGUACGACUCGCCUCUCGGCGGCGUGUAUCCCGGGAGAGACAUGCAGGAGGCGGAGGCCAGCUACGACGCGCUGGGCGACGCGUACGACAUGUCGGAGCCCGCGGCGCCCAUCGACGAGGACGACGGCGACCAUCAAGCGCUGGACAGCGCCAAGAGCAACUUCCUGGAGUUGGCCGGACAGAGGUUCGAUGAGAAUAUGUGGGAUGACGCGGACGACGCGGACGACGAGGCCGGGGAGACCGGAGAGACCGCGGACCUCGACGACGUGCAGGGGGAGGCCCAGAGGGUCCUCACACAAACCUCGCCCUGGGAGGAGGCGGCGGGCGGCGCGGCGUGCGGGAGCUCCGGGGACGGCGGCGGAGGCGCGGGCGAGGGCGAGGGCUGGGCGCACUUCGACACGCCGUUCACUGGAGGAGACCCCUUCUGGGGCGCGCCUCAUGGCAAGUCCUCACACACGAACAGUUAGUGCGACAGAAGACACGCUGAAGUUACAAAGAGAGAAGCCGAGUGGUCUCUCUCCACAAGCAGCUUAAACAUGUCGAAUGUUAACCAGUACCAUCAGAUACACCUCCUCGCAUGAGCACCGGUUCAUUAAACUAAAUAACUACGCCCUCUCCUACUUCCAGACGCCGAGAGUCCUUCUCUGUCGGACGCGAUGCAGAACCUGCGAGUGGCCGACGACGAUAAGGACGCGCUCACGAUACUGUUGGCGCACAAGAUGCUCGCCUUCCGGAACAUGGCGCCCGACCAUGACGCCCACGAAGAUUUCGCUCACGAAGAUCAUGGAGACUUCACUCACGACGAACACGGAGACUUCGGCGCGCAUGACCACAUCGACCUGGAUGCCAUCAGAGGCGGACUCGGUCUACACCCUGACCACGGGAAGGAUUCCUCCGACCGCGAGCAGCACGAGGAGAGCGGCGGAGGCCGGUCAUCUAGUGCGGUCGCAACUACGAGCGCCCCCGACUUUGACGGCGCCCACAACUCUACAAGCGCCCAAGCGUCUCCCGGCGCCCACGACGACCACGUAGCGACCGACGCCGACAGAUGAUACCUCCCUCCCUUCCCCCCCCUCCGCUACAUACACCCGCACCACUACUGACCGGAGAGUUAUUUGUUUACACCGCGUCAUUCAUUCGCACCAUGUCUUAUACUAACAAGCCCGCGGACGGCCGAGUCACCAGCUGACCUGCAACUGUCAGACACGAGCUGGAACACCAACAUGGACCAGAGAUAGAAUGCUUCCUUUAUAAUAAUAUAUGAACCGUGGUUACUUUGGGGUGGGGGGUGUCUUGUGGGGGUGGGUGUAACUCUACAGACUUGUAUAUUUGUCAAUCAAUGUAACAAUUAUGAAUUCAAUUAUUGCGAUAAUCAUCUGAGUGUGAGUUUCCUCGAUGCUCCCUAUAGGAGGGUCCGCUGCGGGGCUCCCAACAACGCUCCUUGGAGUCGCUCGUCGUAUGUAUAUAACCUGUACUGUACUGUGAUGUGAUGUGUACAUAGUAUGUAAAUACCGCCAGUCGUCAGUCAGUCGUCAGCCAGUCGUCAGCCAGUCGUCAGCCAGUCGUCAGCCAGUCAGUGCGUAGUUCGUGAUUUCGCAAUAUAAUAGUCCUGUUAUCAUAUCCAUUAAUAUAUCAUUUAACAUAUCGCAACCGAUGAAUACGCCGCGCCCAGACCUCCCCGGCCCCGCGGCCUCCCCGCCCGCGGCCCCGCGGCCUCCCCGGCCCCGCGUUGAGAGCUUAUUGUUUAUGUUUACUGAUUAGUCUUUAGAUUACGGUUUGCGCCUCUGUAAAGUUAAGGAUAUCUUGACCUCCACAGCCGUGACUUUUCGUUAUUCUGUUAACAAGGUCCUCCGACCCGUCCCCGCCGCAUGUCCUGUCGCCUCGUGCCCCGGGAGACGUGUCUCUGUUCCCCGAGCGAGUAACAGACGAGGAGUGACUUUAAUAUUGUUACAAGUGUUUAUAUAUUUGUCCUCGGCGGUGGUCGCGCGUGCGGCGCAGUGUUGUUACAGAUUCUCAUCGCGGAGCCGAGCGCCUCGUGACCCGACCUGGCUCGCGGAGGCGCGGCGUCGCGAGCAGUGCUAGUGUCGGUGCCGUGUAGGGUACUCGUGGCUCGCGGGGAGUGUCACGGCGGGGGCUCCUCGUGUGGUGCUAAAGUGUACCUCCGUCGUUUCUACUAGGACCCGCGGGUUGGCGCGCGUCUCGAGUCCGGAUCAAUUAUUUUGUCUAGGUGUAUUUAGCCGUCUUAUGAUUUGACUAAUUAAAUGGAGCCGAGUUCCUAGUUAGCCAAUCGGACGAACCCGCGUCCCGCUCGCCGCUCAGUCGCGCUGCGCUCGUCCUCGUAGUGUUAGUGUUGUGGUAGCGGCUGUAAUGUGGAGUUGUUCACGAGUAUAUUGAGUGCAAUCGAUUGCCUUUUGUAUUGUUGUAAAGUUUUAAGGGAGCGUGUGUCGUCGUUCCGCCCCGGGUCGUGGUGCGCGUCGCCGGCUCCGCCCGCCCGCGGCCCGGGUCCGGACGACACUCCUCGUAUAGUAAUAUAUGUAACGUUAAGUGUGUUCCGCACUCGUUGAUAGAACAAUUGUCGGCUGUCCCGCGUCCCGCGUCCCGCGUCCCGUGUCCCGCUUCCCGCUUCCCGCGUCCCGUAUCCCGCGUCCCGUCCGCAUCCCGCAUCAUAUCCUACAUCACCCGUUCGCGGUUCGCCGACGGAUGUCAUGUGAUUUUUAUAACUUUUUGACUAUAGAGCCGUUUUAGUAGCGAAUUAUACGAUUUUUGUAUUGUGAUAGCACCAUGUGAUCGAGACCCGGCGGCGGCCGGGCGCCGUCCGCACUCUGGUAGCGCUUACACUUUUAUAAAACAUAAUUUAGAUUCUCAUCCCUAUUUAGUGCCUCGUCGUCGUUGAGAUCAAACGUUAUAUUUAUUUGAUGUUCUAAGACUCUGCGGGGUUCGUGAGUUCACUCUGUAGAGACUCGCACUCUAAGAGUCGGUCGAACCCUCAGCCGGCCCGCAGCUGACCUCGACCUCGUCUUAAUGUCGCUGCGUCGGUCACGCGAUGUUGUUGCACGUGUUAUAUAAUACUCGAAACAUUAAAAGCGACAGUUCAAAGUUUAUUAUCUUGUUUCCUUUAAGUUUAAAAUCCGUUUAAAUAUUUCUUGCGUCGGUACAAAUUGUAUUUUGGAAUAUUGUUUGUUUAGUUGGUACGUCGCAUGGCAGUAGGUGCAUCAUGUUUAACAUGGUCUCUGGAGCUGUUCUGACAGGAAGGACGGUCGAGUACCACCCGAAGAAUCAUUGAGGGUUCCGUUGUCUAGCGUCUGAUCCUGGUCGUAACUCCCGGUGGGUGGAGUCCGUCAUGUCGUGAACAGCUCCAGAGACGAUGGUGAAGCGGUCAGGUGCGCCGUCGCUAACGAGAACUGUGCCUUGCGGGCGCUCCUCGCCCGAGUCGUGAUGAAUGCUCGUAAUGUAUUCUAUUGUAUUUACUAUAUCAUAGUUUAAAAGUUUAUUAUAAAAGUUGCUCAAUAA